GUCAACUUGAACUUCUACGGCGGAAAAAAAGAGGAACGCAAAGUUUGUAGCGCAGACGCGUCCUAAUAUAAUGUAGAUUCAGUACGGAUAAAGAAUUAUUUGAUUUUUUUCUGCAGCGAUUCUACCACAGAACACAAAUGUUUUGGCUAAGUAAGUAUUGAAAUUGGGAACCGGUCUAAUCAUAAACCCCUCGCCAACAUUCUGUCUUUCCCACGACAAAAGUAGAGCGUCGUAGUCACUAAAAGUAGUAACCCUAACCGCCAAGAAGAAAAAAUCUCCAGUGAUUUUACCGCUAUUACCAUACCCUCGGCCCAAGUGAAAAAAUUACUUCGAAAAACACUACACAAGUAAAGCGAAUAUAAACAGUAACACACCAUGACGGCCCCCAACGGUACUUCUACAACUACCGCCGCCGCGGCAGUUCCCGCGCAGGAUGAGAACGAGCAGAAGUUCCUGGAUAAGUUUUCCCGGCAGAACGCGGCCUUCGGUGCGGAAACGACGCUGAAAAUGACAAAGUUGAAGAUUCUCGUUGUCGGCGGCGGAAACGGGGUCGGGAUCGAGACCUGCAAGAAUUUGGUUUUACAAGGAUGCGGCGGUCUGACGAUUUUCGACGAUAGUAUCGUGAAGCCGAAGGACUUGGGCGUGAAUUUUUUUCUCCAGCAGGAAGACAUCGGAAAGAAGAAGCACGACGUAAUUCCACCGAGAUUACAGGAGCUGAACCCGUUGUGCAAGAUCGCCGGGGGACUGCCAGAUGUAACAACUUUGUCCGAAAAGGCAGUUUUGGAGAACAAAUUCUCCGUGAUGAUCAUCACCGACAGCAGCUUCCGUUUUGAAGAAUUGAAAAGUUACAACGAAUUCUGCCGCAAGAACAAGAUUUCCUUCCUCUACGCCCGGUCGAAUGGCGUGUUCGCCACCAUUUUUGCGGACCACGGCGACGACCACUUGGUAAACGACAAAAACGGCGAAAACCCCCUGGUGCGGAUCAUUGAGUCCAUCGAGAAAGCGGACCAAGACCCCCUGGUCCGGUUUUCCGUGCCUGAGGGGCAGAAGCCGGAAACCUUCCCGGAAAACAGCUACAUCGAGCUUUCCUCCGGGGACAUUGUCGGGUUGAAGGGGAUAGAGAAGCACACGGAGGAACUGAAACUCCCGAACGGGCGAGUAGAAAAGCUCGUCAACUAUCAAAUGUAAAAAUGUCUGGGUCUGGAAGAGUCAUGCUGUUUUUGCAUGACACAGAAGGUCUCUCAUGGAAAUUUUAGCAUCACAGGUUUCGAGAAGCUUCCGCAAUGCCGAAUCCGCAUGAGAAGUCUCCUAUUUUGCUGACAGAAAGUGGGCAGCUUUCGGUACGUAUGCAUGAGAGACUUUUCUGUGUUCUGAGAUACGCAUUACAAGUUGCAUUCUUCCAGACCCAGACAUUUUUGCAUUUGAUAUCAACUGCUGGAAAACGACGCAAAAAUCCGGGGAUAUCCUGAGUAAAAACGUACCCACACCAUAGUUGUCAUGCAACUCUGCAUGCUUAAAAUGUUUCUCAUGCGGAGCCCCAUGAGAGAUUUUCUAGUGCGGUUUUGAAAUUUGUCAUGCUCCAAUCAGCACGAGAUACUAGAUCUGUAAUGCUGCUAAACUAGCUCAAACAGCACUACACUACGCGGACAAACCUGUCAUGCCAAACAACCAAAGCUGGCUGAUUUGUCUAGCAGAUUCCCCAUCCUGACUCUGGUGUGGGUACGUUUUUACUCAGGAUAGGGGACCCGUCGAACUCAUUGCGGUUGGUCGGGAGUACGAUGGAAUACGAGGGGGAGUAUGUGAAAGGAGGAACAUUGACGGAAAAGAAGGUAUGAUUAUGCGUUGUUGAAAUAACUAUCAGGGAAAAUAAAUUUCUUCGCUGUAUAAUUAUGCAGCAGAAAUGACUUCUUGUUCUUGUUCGCAGCGGCACAUGAACGCUUGUGCAUCCCGACGUUCAAUCAUAUUGCAACAUGACGCGCACCCCUGCUACGUACAUAGGUUCCUUCGCCCUAUACAUUUAAAAAUCGGUAAAUCCAGGUAAACGAACACGUUCCCUCGCAUCCAUUUUCCGCGAAACUGGCAAACCCGGGCAUUCCCUUCAUGGACAUGACGGGCACGGACAUGCUGGACUUCGGCUCGGAGUUGCAGGUCCACCUCGGCUAUGCACUGCAAAAGUAUCGUACUAGUAUAAGUAGCAUCACAAAUUCCCUCAGCAUUAGAAAUGGAAUUUGUAAUGCGGAUUCCCCCAAGCCCAAAGAAAGGGAUUUGUAAUGCAUGACAUCGAUUAGUACGAGUACGAUACUUUUGCACAGGAUAUCGGCAUGGCCACCGUUCUGUACUCAAAGCCGGAAGAGAAGUAUCUCCUACCCGAAAUGCCGAAGGAAAAAAUCGUGGAAAAGGCGAAGCAGCUGCUGUCCGGCGAGGGGAAGAAGCUGGACUUGGACAUAGAAGUCAACGAGGACCUCGUGUACGAGUACGUACGGCAAUCCAACAUCGAACUGCAGCCCUUGUCCGCAUUUCUCGGCGGGGUGCUGGGACAGGAGGCAGUGAAGGUAUGAUUAUUUCAGAAAUAAUUGGAUGCCUUGCAAAACUACGAAGCAACUAGAAGCGGUCCUCGCAAGCUUCUUGGCUCUAUCUUGUUUCGGUAGACGAGGUACCUGGAGCAAAGAAAUCGACGCAGAUGCAGAAUAAUAAUCAUGGAGACUAUAAAAGAGAAAAAACCACUACACAGAUCACGGGCAAGUUUACCCCCAUCCCGGGCUUCCUGCAUUUCCACGCCCGGGAAGCGCUUCCGGACAGCGAGAAGAAGCCGACCGACUUGCCCAAAUCCCAAAGCGAGAUCGACGAAUCCAGGUACGGCGACCUGGAAGCGCUGUACGGAAAGCAGUUUAUCGCCAAACUGCAGAAUCUCAAGCUCUUCAUGGUCGGCUGCGGGGCGCUUGGGUGUGAGUUGCUGAAGAACUUCGCGUUGAAUGGGAUUUGCUGUCCUCCGGAUAGUAGUCCAACGACUUCCAGUAGUGAAGUUGGAAAACAAGAACAUCAACCAAAAGGAAAGUUGACCGUGACGGACGCGGAUCGAAUCGAGUUGUCGAACUUGGCGCGGCAGUUUCUAUUCCGCGAGCACAACGUGGGGCAGCCAAAGUCGGUCGCGGCCGGCGAGAUGGCGAAGAAGAUGUCAAGGUGGCAGAAGAAAGCGGGAGGCAAAAACGAAUUGAACAUCCGGUCCCUGGAGAUGUUCGUUGGCAAAUCCACCGAGGAAGAGUUUGACGACAAGUUUUGGAUGGAUUUGGACCUGGUCGUCAACGCCCUGGACAACAUGGAGGCCAGACUUUACGUGGACGACCAGUGCUGCAAGUACGAAAAACCGCUUUUGGAAUCCGGUACCAUGGGACCGAGCGGAAACGUGGAUCCCGUGGUGCCGUUCAUCACGAAAACCUACAGGGACGGCGGGCAGGCGUAUAUCUUUUUUCGCCGAGUUGUCUGUUUGUGUUUUGUCUUGAUGUGUUUGUCGUGUCCUCUCACUCUACUGUUGCCAGCAUUUAUUCUUGUCUUCUACCAACAUUUUCCCUGAUUUACAUCUCUAUUAAAGUACGCCCUAAAAGUAAAAUGUUAACGACCCAACUGAUCUACAUGAACAGUGCCCAGGGCGGCGGCAUUCCCAUGUGCACGCUGCGCAACUUUCCUCACCUGCCCGACCAUUGCAUCGAGUGGGCGCGCGACUUGUUCGAGAUGGUGUUGGUAAAGACCGUGAAGUAUUGCGAGGAAAAAUCCCCCCUCCCCAUACCAGACGCAGACCGGGAUACUUCUGAAAAUUUGUGAUGCUGUUUUGAGACCACAAACCGUCGCUGUAUUGCAAGAAGGCAAAUCCAAAAACCUUGGCGCGUCCUGGUCCUGCAGGGAAUUUGUAAUGCUAUACGGCCUACGGAGGAUAUACCGGCCUUGCUAGACGGCUACACCAAAACGCCCCUGCUCCGGUUUGGUAUCCGCCUGUACUCCUUUACUGCAAGACAAGGCCGAUUUGUGUACACGUAUCCCGCAUGGCAGAUUUCCAUUUCGAUAUGGGGAGGGGGGAUUUUUCCCUUUGAUAUGAAACAGCUCGCAAAGUGCAUCGAGGACGUCGACAGCUUCGUGGAGGAGGCGAAUCUCGAGGCCACCACAGACGUCGCGCAGUCGCUCUUUGAAGCGAGGAUUCUCCUGUCCUUCGUCACUGCGAUCGAAUCCCCCUCUCUGAAGGCCGCCGGGCAGGUCGCCUUCGACCUGUUCCACUUGCUGUUCCGGGACAAGAUUUAUCUCGUGCAAAAGUAUCGUACUCGUACAUAAUUGCUAUCAUGCAUGACAAGUAUCCCUUUUUAGGUUGUGAAUCAGCAUGACAAAUUCCAUUUUCUUUUUGAAAAAACUUGUGAUGUGAUUUAAACUAGUACGAUAGUUUUGCAAUGCAUAAGAUUAAGGACCUCGUGACCGCGUUCCCGGAGAGCCACCGGAUGAUUGACCCCGAGACGAAGGCGGACAAGGGCCCCUUUUGGACCGGGCACAAGAGGUUUCCGAAAAUUGCUGCCUUCGACGUGGAGAACAAAACGCACUGCGAGUUCAUGAUCGCGGCCACCAACCUCAUCGCCGUGACGAUCGGUGCAAAUCCAGUGAAAAUCGACGGGGACGACAGUUGGGUCAAGGAGCAAAGGACCAAGGACUGGCUGAAACGAGAGGUGCUAGGCGGCGGAAGUGGAGCAGCAUCGUCACCUCUAAAAAUCCCGGAAUACAUGUCCGGUGGGGUGAAGGUGGAUGACGACCCGAAUUUGGCCGACCAGCAAAACACCGCAAAACUGUCCGAAACGGAAGACAAGGAGGGCGCAAGUUCUUCGGGGAAGGCAGUCCUCGCCCGAGUCGUCGCGGAGUUGAAGCAGAAGUGCAAGGCUUUGGGAACAACAAAAAGUAAAUCAAAAAUCGCGGAUGCCCUGGAGGAGGCGGAUUUUGAGAAGGAUGAUGACUUCAACUUUCACAUUUCGUUCAUCACGCAGGCCGCCAACCUCCGGGCCGACAACUACUCGAUCACCAACUCGGAUUUCCAGAAAGUGAAACUAAUCGCGGGCCGCAUCAUCCCCGCGAUCGCAACCACGACCGCGGCGGUCACGGGCUUGGUGAUUUUGGAGCUCUUUAAGGUGUUGUUGAAGAAGCCCGUCACCGCGCUAAGGCAGCGAUUAGUCGGGCUAGCGACCAACACGUACACGAGCUUUGAGGCGGACGAGCCGAAGAAGUUGAAGUCGGGGGAAUCCGUGGAGAAACCGGAUCCGACGUCUUUGCCGAAAGACGCGUUCGACGAGGCGGGGAAGAUCAAGUAUCCUAAGGAAAAACGUCCGCACCCCAGAGUCAAGAUGUGGGUUUUGCAACACAAACCUUGAAGUUUUGGGAGCCACGCAUGACAAAUAGCAGACUGUAUUGUAGUGCAGGUUAGCAAGGGAAGUCGCAUUACAAAUCUAUCUGCUUAUCCUGUUUACAGCUUUACAAGUUCCAAAACGCGAUCGCAUAUGCCUAUCAUGGGGAUGCGCAUUACAAAUGCUCUUGUGCUUGCAGAUCUGCAUGACAAGAACUCGGGGGUGGGGAUGUUUUUGCAGAGGAUAUCAAGGAGGAGUUUUUCAUCAAGGAAAAGUACGCGGCCUACCCGAACUAUGGAUGUGUCAGGAUCGAAAUCGACAAAGUUGAAAUGAUUAUGAUUUGUCAUGCAUAAGAUGCAACCCACAGAGUGCCUGUCUUGCAGAGUAGGCAAGUGAGGCAGGUUGUAAGCCUGUUGAGGGGUAGACAUCGACAUGGAGCUGCUAAAGUAGCACGACAAAAGGCGUCUUCCUUACCCAAACGGCAUGACAAACUAGAUUUCGGCUCUACCCAGAUUUAUUGUCAUGCGCCACUGGGAAACUGGGUUAACACUGGCAUCCAUUUUAUGCAUGGCAAAUCAUCUAUUCAACUUUGUCGAUUUCGAUCCUGACCGUUCCAUACGAACCCACACUCCGUUUGGGACAAACUGACGGUACCGACGGGGGGCGCGAUGAAAAUGAAGGAUUUUAUGUCCUGGCUCGAGGACGACCACAACUUGGUCAUGACCAAUAUGGCGUUCUCAAAUGUUACAUUCUCAGCUGUUGCAUGAAUUUGUGAUGCUAAAACAGCAAGAGUGAAAGGGGGAAGAUUGCGCCUCUUGCAAUACAGGUCUGGCACAGGUUUAGAUACUGUCUAGCCCUUCGAAAACUUGUCAUGCGAAGCAGCUUGAUGGUGUAGAUGCUGAUGAGAGUUUUGCAUGACAAAUUAUGUAACAGUUGAGAAUGUAACGUUUGAGAACGCCAUAACCAAUUGGGCCUUCAUCAUCGGACACAAGAAAGGUACUGUGUAAAUGUGGUGCUCUACGUACUUUAAUUCUUGCGCCACGACAGAAUCGCUGUUUCUUAUUCUUUGGGAGGUUACCUAUACCUCCUCAAUCGUAUUCGUAACACAAAUUCUUAGGUGGUGACGACGGCAAGGAGAAGAUCCCCGUGUCCACCCAAGUCUAUCCCUUCGCCAUCGCGCUCGACCCGAAGCUGAUUCCCGACCUGACGCUGGACCAGCAAACUGCGAUGUCCAACAUCAUGAAAUCCACCACCAUUCCGCAGAAUUUGAAAAUGAAGUACAUGAACGAGUGGAGGAACUUAUCCUGUGCAAAAGUAUCGUACUCGUAUAUUAUUGCAAUCAUGCAUUGCAAAUCUUUAUCUUAAGGUAAAUCCGCAUUACAAAUUUUAUCUCUCAUGCUGAGGAAAUUUGUAAUGCAUUUAUACGAGUGCGAUGCUUUUGCAGUUCAUAGAACUGCAAAGCCACCGGGAAGCUUCCGGAGCCCGUGAACGCCGAACUGCAGAUCAACAACGACACGCCGCUGGAGAAAGUGCUGCGCGUGAUGGCGACCAAAGCGGAGCAGGCGGUCAAGGACGGCAAAAUUGACGCCAAAUUGGGGGCGACGAUCACGCAUACGCAGCUGGACAACGCGAAGUUCUGGCUGAUUCCCUCCGAAGAAACGCCGAGCUGCGAAACCAACCCGACCUACGUCGACGGGGACGACGAGGCGGUGGAUGUGAAGUAUCUCGCCGCGAUAAAAAUCCCCUUGGUGACCGAAGGUGCGGGGUCGAGUGGCGACAUGAAGGUGGAAGACGUGGAAAUGGCGUAGAGUGACGAAGAUUGGAUCAUAUGAUGGAUGAUAUACACUCUGCCAUUGUUUAUGUUUGCUUGCUCAAUCAUGCUCAUUCAAGAUAAAUUUUAUACCGAAAGCGAAAAGUAGUAGAUCUAGAUUUAGAUUUUUUGAAAGCUGUAAUUAUAUGAACGCUGCCGCUGCGCUGCCCUUGCCUGUAGUGCCGUAAUUCGAAACUGAGAAUACAGCUUUGGCGAGGUGGACACACAUGAAAAAUACGCCAAGGUGAUGCUCCAAUGGUGGCACGCCUUGCGGUGCAAACAGUGGCUAUGGCCAAUCGCAGAUGAAUCCAGAUGUUCACAUUCACUUCAACUACUUGAGAAAAGGUUUCGUUUUGUGCGCUUCCAUAUCGAACCGGAAC